AUGACUUCAAACAAUUUUUAUGGGGAAAUUUCCAUAAAUAGACCACCACCCUUCAAUGGUGAAUGGUAUGGUUAUUGGAAAGAAAAAAUGAAAAUUUUUCUUCAAGGUAUAGACCUUGAUAUAUGGGAUGCCGUGGAAAAUGGUCCUUUUAUUCCCACUCGUUUAGUUAAUAAUGUAGUGGUGAAUAAACCAAGAAAUCUUUGGACCAAAAAGGAAAAAGAAAAGGUACAAUACAAUUUGAAGGCUAAAACAAUCAUAAGUAUUGCUUUAAGCAUGGAUGAGUUUUACCGAGUUUCAAAUUGUAGUACCGCCAAGGAAAUGUGGGACACCCUUCAAGUGACCCAUGAGGGAACUCCCGAGGUCAAGAGGGCAAGAAUGAACACAUUAACUCGUGACUAUGAACUAUUUAUGAUGAAAUCGGAAGAAAAUAUAAAAGAUAUGCAAACACGAUUCAUCCACAUAGUUAAUCAUCUCCGAGCACUUGGAAAAACUUUCAAUAAUGAGGAUUUAAUUAACAAAGUUCUUGGAUGUCUAAAUCGGAGUUGGCAACCCAAAGUGACUGCCAUUUCAGAAUCUAGAGAUUUAGCAUCUAUGGACUUGGCUACUCUUUUUGGAAAACUGCAGGAACACGAGAUGCAACUAAAUCGACUCAUAGAAAAUGAAGAAGGAGAAAAGAAAAAGAAAGGGCAUGCUUUAGCUGCAACUACCAAAAAUAGUGACUUUGAAGGUGGUGACAGUUCUGAUGAAGAUGACGUGGACAUGGCUUUAAUGUUUCAAAAUUUCAAAAAGUUCAUGCGACACCAAGCUAAACCAAAACAAUUUCGAAAUUCUCAAAAGAAAAGUGACGAAGGAACCUCUUUCAAUCCAACAUGCUAUAAGUGUGGUAAGAAAGGUCAUAUAAAAUCUGAGUGUCUGCUGUAUCAAAAGAAACAUGAGAAAUUUGAUAGAAGACCACAAAUAGAAUCUAAAGGGAGAAGGGCUUACAUUUCAAGGGACGACAAUGACAUGGAUUCAUCCGACGAAUCAGAUAAUGAGGAAGCAAAUCUAUGUCUCAUGGUUAAUCAAGAAGAAGAGGUAAAUUCAUUUGAAUCUGAGCCCAACUUUACUUAUGAUGAGUUGUUUUUUAUUUGUGAAGAAUUAAACAAAGAGUCUAGUAAAUUUAAAAAAAUUGUUUCUACUUCUAAGAAAACUAUUUCCACUCUUGAAUCAAAAAUUGAAGUUUUAAAUAAGGAAAUAGAUAUUCUUAAAGAGAAACAAGCUUUUGUAAGUAAAGUCUCUACUUACACCCCUUGUGAAAACAACAAAGAAAAUAUUGAAUGUAAUGAAUGCAAUAUAUUGAAAGAUAAAGUUGAAGAUUUGAAUAAUGUUCUUGCAAAAUUCACAAUGGGUAGAGACAAACUAGACAUCAUUUUGGGCAAUCAAAAGGCAAGUUAUAAUAAAGUCGGUUUGGGUUAUCAACCAAAAAGACACACUUUACCUUUUAAAAGAAGAAAUUUUAGCUCAAACAAGACUUCUUGUAGACCUUUUGUUAAAUGUUUCUAUUGCAACAAAAAUGGUCAUACUUCAUCGAUUUGUAAUUUGAGAAAGAACCAAUAUUUAAAUAAUAGGUGGGAAGGAAUCUCAAAUGGCACUUUGCCUAAAGCUAACUCUAAAGGACCCAAAAUGAUUUGGGUACCAAAAGCCAAAAAUUGA